AGAGAAUGAAAAUAGAAAAGAAAAAAAAUGUGGUUGUCCAUUUCCUGUGAAAAGCUUUUGUCUGCUGUUGCUGAGUGUAAGAACUAGGAAGAGAAACUCAAUGCUUGCUGUUCAGACUAGUCACCGGUAGUGCAGAGGAGAUCUCUCGUUCUCUCUCGGGGUCUCUUUCUUUCUCUCGCUUCGAGUGUCACUUUUGAACGGUUUGGUCCAUGAACAUUUGAGGCCAUGAGGCGAGCAUCGAAGGAGAAAGGUCAGGAGAAUGCGGGCUCCUUUCUGCUCAGUCUACAGGAGAAUGAGAGGCUGGAGGAUCUGCUGGGCAGGAGGUGUGUGUCUCUGUCCUCAGCGGUUGUGCAGUUGGUCAUGGCUGUUCCGAGCGAGCCGAACCGCUGGACACCUCAGCAAUCUGGAGUGGUGUGUUUCGUCAAGGACAGUCAUCAGCGCUCCUUUUUCAUCCGUCUCUUCGACCUCAAGGUAGGGAUGCUGGUGUGGGAACAGGAAAUCUAUAACCAACUAAUGUACCAAAGGGUCAUGCCGUUUUUCCACACUUUCCCUGGAGAUGACUGUCAAGUGGGGUUAAACUUUGCAGAUGUAACAGAGGCUGAAAAUUUCUUUGCUGUAGUGGAGGAGAAGAUCAGCCAGAGAAAUAAUCGCUUUGAGAAACAGCAGAGAAAAGAAACAGAUAGAGAUCGUAAAACUUUGCCACUGCUUCCUCGACCAAAUGGCUCUGGUACUCCUACGUCUCCUGCCAUGCCUCCAAUGAUACCAAGUAAUGUCCAGAUCCAAAUGACCCCUUCCAAAUCCAAGAAAGAAAAGAAAGAAAAAGACAAGAAAAAUAAGAAAAAAGGAACCAAACUGUCGAAGGGUUCUAUUGGAGCACCCAGUGGAUUCACGCAUGUCAGUCACCUAGGCAUGGGUCCAAACAAUUUGGACCCAGACCUGAAGAAACUUUUGUCCUGCGCUGGUAUCAGCGAAGCAGAUAUGGAUGAUUCGGAAACCUCUCAACUCAUCUAUGAAGCCAUUGAGCGUUCAGGUGGAAUGGAGGCUGUUAAAAAGGCUGUGCAAGAGAAGGAGUCUCCUGUUCCUAGAGGACAUCGGGGUUCUCUUCCCCAAGUGCCGUCCGGGUUCUCCUCGGCGCCGCCGCCACUACCUCAAGGUCGACCGGGGCCUCUACCCCCUGUCCCAGGUCAAACUUCCACUCCACCAUCCCAUCGAGGAUCCCUUCCACCCCCACCUCCAAGAGCAGUUCCAUCACAACAAACAACAGAUGGCCGCGGUGGUCCUCCGCCAUCCCGAUCUACAGCACUAGGGCCCCUGCCCCCUGUUCCUGCCGGUGGGCGUUCUGGGCCCUUGCCUCAACAUCCAGGAGCCCGCAGUGCACCCUUACCACCAGUACCUGGAGGUCGGAUUGGAGGCUUGCCCCAGCCACCACUCCCAGGAGAACGUAGGGAGUCUUUAGCCCCCGUUCCAGGAAAGAGACCUGGAACUCAAGUGUCCGAAAGGCGAGGUAGCUUCCUUCCACCCCCACCUACUGAGGCAGCUCCCCCACCACUACCUCCAGGAACGAGGAACGCACCCUUACCCCCACAUUCAAGAGACAAUAGGUUUUUGCCACCUCCACCCCAAUCCGAAAUGCCGCUACCUCCUCCCCCGUCUGAUUUUUUCCCUCCUCCACCUUGUGAAUCAUUUCCUCCACCUCCACCUGAAGACUUUGCUGAUUCUAUGCCUCCACCUCAUACCUUUGUAUCCAACUUUCCUCCCAGAAGCAAUUCCUCAGGCUUCGCCCCUCCACCUCCUCCAGUCACAGCCAAACCCAGCGCAGGUGGUCCGCCUCCACCACCUCCUCCUCCUCCAACUCCUGCCCCUCCAAUUAAUUUUGGAAGCAACUCCUCACCUCCAACCGGUCCAACACCUCCAGCAUCCAGCGGUGGGGAAGGGGGUAGAGGAGCAUUACUAUCCCAGAUACAAUCAGGGUUGAAGCUUAAAAAGGUGGCAGCAAACCAAGAACCACCUUCACCUUCACUGGAUACAGGAGAGGGAAUAGUUGGAGCUCUCAUGAUGGUGAUGCAGAAGAGGAGUAAAGCCAUCCAUUCAUCUGAUGAGGAUGAAGACUUUGAUGAUGAGGAUGAUGAUGACGAAGAUUGGGAUUAAUCCUGUUGUAAUUGAAAUAUUUUCAAAGUGUAUUAAACAACACUGAUCUAUUCAAAUUCUGGCCAAAACUGAUAAUUAUUUUUAUGUUAUGGUCAAUAACCAAAACAAAUGGCUGAUAUUAAAAUUCUAUACUAUUAAUCAUAAAUAAAAUAAAAAUACAACUCUGAUGAUUGAAAUCACCGGUUAAAAAAAGUGAUUUUAGGCAUCAGAACAAUAUAAUAUACAGUACAAAAAAAAAAAGAAUAUUCAUUUAGAGAUUUGCUUUGAUAUCACAUUUAACAGUGCUGUUAAAAUUAUAUUACUUUAAAAAGUUUUAGCUUAAGGGAGAGUUUGAUGACAAAGAUAAAUAUACACAAUAAUAUAUUUUAUAUUGAUCGUUCUCAAGUCUCAGGGUUUCUCAGUCUCUGUGAGUGUAUUUAAUUCAUUCUAUACAACAAGUCAAUGUGAAAUGUAAAGAUUUCUUACUCAAAUGUGCAGGGUCUGUUGUUUAUAGUUGUGAAGGCAUCUUGCGUGAAUGACAGAUGGUUAAUAAAAGUGUACUAUUUGUUUUUUGAGAGUGUUAAUUAAUCAGCUAGAGUUUAUUUCAAUAAUCUAAUGUUAAUUAGUACUGAAUGUAUUUGCCAUAUGUAAAUACACUCAAAUGCGAAUUAAAAAAUGAAUCUAAGGCUUGCAAAUUAUUGCUUUUUUAUUUUUUCUUACAAGACAUCAACAUCUAAGAGCAAGACAUAACAUUGUCAUUUACAACUGGACUAUUCUACCAUUCUAUUAAAAAAAAAAACCACACACACAAAGUUUGUGAAAUAUUUCCAGUGUUGGAUAUUAUCUGAGUGAACUUAUUUGACUGUUUGUUUUUGCUUGAAUGGUGAUUUCUCAACCAGACACAAAGCAUGAAACUAAAUGUACAGCAUAAAAGUGUUAUUUCCUAAACAAGUCAGUCAUUUUCAAUGCAUUUAAAUAAAUAACAACAUAUUGAAUUGGUCAAUCAUGCAAAAAUGCCCUCCACCCUUAUUCAGUAUCCUCUAGCAAUAUGUAUCAUCCAAUAAAAAAUAUUCAACUUCAAAUAAAUAUAUAUUACAAAUAGUGAGAAGCAGCCACAUAGAAGGCAAGUAGUGUUCUUGCAGAUGUUUGGUGCCAUUAUUAACCCAGUUAUUGGAAUCCAUACAUAUAUUACUAUCAAACGUACAUACACACAUAUAUUACUUUUACAAUUUCAUAAUCAAGGGUGGAACAUUUGAAAUUGCACUGGCCCACUGAUUGAGUAAUUUAACAAUGAGUUUGUAAGCAACUUUGUUUUUCUGACUACAAGAUAGUGGAACGUUUAUGAGGUAAUAUCCUCUUUAAAUGUGCUUCAAAGUUUUUACUUUAAUUAAAAGCCAGUGUGUAAUGACUGCAUCCUGAAGGUCAUAUUUGUGAGGUUAGUAAAUGUUUACACCUGUUUAUAAUACUGAAAUGCAGUCAAAUCACUGUGGCAAGUGGAAAUGCUCAGUCCUAAAUCAACAUUGACUACAAUCUCAAUGCAACAGAAGAAUGCUCAGGUACUUUAACUUUGGAUCAGUGAAUGAAUGUAAGAUUACAUA